AUGCGCAAAGUUGCCGAGGAAACUCGUAUUCCUUUCAGCACAUUACAAAUAAGGAUAAAGAAAGAUAAAUUUAAACCUCUAAAAUUAGGAAGGCAUGCCGUUUUUAACGAAGAGCAAGAAAAUAUACUUACAGAAAAAGCAACAGCAUCAACUAGCAGUAGGAACGUUAUAGGACCGCAACCUUCUACAAGUGUUGAUAUUACAAAUUAUAAACCAAAUGAUAUUAUAAAUCAAGAGAACAAUAAAUCCGACAGUGAACCUCUAGCUAGCGUACUUUCACAACUAAUACCUCUGCCUAGCAUUGAUAAAGGUAAAGGCAUAGGAAAAAAACACAUCAAUCAGGAAUUCUUACUGCAUACAAGAGGCAAAGUAAUUAAGAAGAUAAAAGAAAUUAAAAAGAACUUAUUUAAGUCAAGUUCAUCUGAAAAAUCGGCUGAUGAACAGGUUCCGUAUGACGACAGUGCCUUAGAAAAUAUUGAAAUUCCGCUAAACAUCCAGAAAAAUACUCAGAAAGAGCGUGAUCAGUCUGUGUGCACGAUAUGCCUCGAAGAGGGAAUACUGAGAGAAAUCUGGUACCGUUGCCGUCUCUGUGCUGGAUGGGCUCAUGAGGCAUGUACAGGAUGUGAUGAUCCAAAUCGCUAUCGCUGUGAUUUUUGCAUUUAA